CGAGCAGGGGUGACAAUCUUAAUAGUGGCAAACGAGAAAACGUAUCAUUAUAGGUCUGCAAAAUGAAGUGAGACAGUAAAUACAUUGAGGUCCUUACAUGGAAGUGUCAUUUUAAUUUGGUAGUAUUAUAAUGUAAGAUAUUAAAGAAACUGAAAUAUAGAUGGCGUUAUUUGUAAUGACGAUGAUGCGCGAUUGCGUAGUAGUUAUGCUUAGGUGUGUAAGAGGGCGCUAUCACAUCUUUUAUUGGUUCUACUCUUACCCUAUCUUUUUUUUCAGCUAAAAUAAAAAAAUAAAUAAUAAAAAUUUUGAGUUGCAUAUUGAAGCAAUUACUAAAAUUUAAUGUUUAUUAUCAAUUAGCCAGAAAUAAAAUAAAAUUCAAGAAUUUAUUUUCUACUGGCAACAUUAAAUCCAUUUUCUACAUGCAACAUUAUGCAAAAAUUGUCAAUCAAACAAAUUUGGCUGCCGGUUUGCGCUGAAGUGCUUUUCGGUGUCUUGUUUGUUUUUCCAGAUUUUAUCCCUAUUAGUGCUUUAUCCACCUAAGUCCGUUAAGUUGAGCCUCUGCUCCUUCGGCCGUGUCGAUUUUGUGCUUGAGGUGAUCGAAAUCUUGUGAAUUUUGUGCUUGAGAUAGGACUCGUUGACCCGUUUUGUGAUAAUUAAUAUUUAUCAUGUCUAAUAGAAAGUGUUGUGUUCCCGGAUGUACAAAUGGCUUAGACACUACGGGUAUUUACAUAAAUUCCCUAAUCCAGAUAAGGAUAGGCAGCUAUUUAAUACAUGGGUCUUUCAUAUUGGUGGUGACAUUUUGCAACUUGAAAAUAACCAUAUUUUCAAAUACCGCCGCGUCUGUAAUGAUCAUUUCGAACCAAAAUAUUGGUGCCGGAAUAACCGACUUGCCAAAGGAGCUGUACCUACAAAAAACAUGCCAGGAUUAUCUUGCUCGAAAUUCAGCAUUGAAAAAAGAGCACUAAGACCUCUUCAGAUUUCAGGACCGUCUACAUCAAAAGAACCUGCGCAUCUACAUAUACACUCACAAGGUUCAAUUGAAGAUGUACAAAUGAAAGAGAAUCUUGGUGAGUGAUCCUACAUACAAGCAUUUAAUCAGCAAUUAUUUUACACAUAUUCUGUCCUGGAACUCCUUCAUGCGCCCGGAUAAAAUGUAGCCUCUCUCGAUAAAUGUGCUAAUUUACCUUAAAAUCAUCUUAAAUUGAAUUAUUUUUGUUGUUCCUGAGUUAUAAUUUUGCAAACAAUUAAAGUAAACUAGCCUCUCUAUAAACCUAUCCCUUAAGACAAGAGUGAUUGAUGAAAUACAGUUUGUUAAAUUACAUUUAUAUGUCAUAUGCAUAAGUCCUAAAAUGUUAACAUCCUUAUCACUACACAAAAAUUAAUAGACUUUUUAAUCAAUAUAUCCUGCAGAUUCUUUAUUUACAAUUACUGUAAAGAUAUUAAUAAAAUAUUAAUAAAUAGGAGAGAGUGUGAUGAUGAUACGGAUUCCUAUAAGCUAAAAGCGAAAAAAUUAUACAUGAAAUGUUUUAAAAGAAAAAAAUAAAUUAUAUUAAAGGUUA